AGCACUUCCUAGUAGGGUCGUGGCCAGGAGGUGGGAGUAGUCGGACCCAGCCUGCGCCCCAGGGGGUGCCUCCUAUCCCAGAGUCUAAGAGUGAGACAUUGUCUCAUGUAGCUCCUUCUGUGGGCGUUUUGAGUCAAGAAGUCAAUCGUUUGAUAACUACAGAUCGGAUUCCUAAAGCUACAAGAAAAAAAUAACAAUUUUCAGCAGUCAACUACAUCAGGGCUGCCGUUCCAGUCAACUGUGAAGGGUGCAUUACUUCAGCCUUCGCUGGCUCCUGCUCGUCAGCAGAGAGAACAGGAAUAAAGUCUAAAGAUAAGUUCUGCAAAGCAGGAGCAAAAGCACUGUAUCCAGCAGUUUACAAAUGGCAGAAGUGAAGUCGAUGUUCCGAGAAGUCCUUCCAAAACAAGGGCAGUUGUCUGUGGAAGAUGUAACCACAAUGGUGCUGUGUAAACCCAAGCUCUUACCCUUAAAAUCUCUGACUCUGGAAAAACUGGAGAAAAUGCAGCAAGCAGCGCAGGAUACAGUCCGCCAACAAGAAAUGGCAGAAAAAGACAACCAGCAAAUAACCCACUAACCACUACCACUACCCUAAUUUUAACCCUUAACUGUUCAAUAAUUAGAAACUAUUCUGCAUCUAUAGGCUAGAAAUACUUAAACUGGACAUUCAAAAUUUUAAAAUACAAAAUGUGGGUGUUUAAACAUUGCUUUAUGUUAAAAGGAAAACUUUGAACUAAGUUUUAUGGAAUUUUGAAAGUUUUUAAAUUAUAAAUUUCUCACCUUACUUACCAUAUCUACAAUAUUAUGAAUGUAAGACAUUAACUGCAUCUUUUAUGGACAAAGAACUUAUUAGAAACCUGAAUCUGAAAAUAAAUUCUAAUGUGGAUAUAUUGUUGGGCCUUGUACAUUACACAAAAAUAAACAUAACCAGUUGUGUACCCCGUCAUGUUCACUGCUGUGUGGCCUGACCAGUGACAACUAAUGGUCUUUAGGAGGCCUUCAGCUACAGACCAAAAGCUCAGAGAACUAAGCUCUUAAUUAUACUAAUUUUAAGACAGAAUUACAUAACUGCUACUCAAGUACCAAAUACAAAAACCUGAAAAUGCUUAUUAUAGCAAAAAAGUCAAGUAAUUUGAGCCUAAAAGAGUCAGAAAGUUUGAAUACUAGAGUGUUUCUUUCUAAAAGAUGAUACCUAACCCUGUAGCCAAGGAACUGUUUGGAAAAUUAUACAUGUAAUGGAUUUGCUGCAGUCACCAGACACCUUCAGUUACCACAGGUCUUGAAACCUUGCUAAGUAACAAGGCUUUAUAAAAGAGGCUAGUAAUGUGAUCCCUGUAAGAUAACUUAUUUAUUGGUAGUUAUAUAUUGGUUAUUUAGAUAAAUCUAAGCUUUAAGUACUUAGAGCAUGCUUUUUUUAAACAUGUUAACAGAAAAUAAAGAUAAGAUCUGUUUAUAUAUUUGACAAAUUUCAAUCAUUAAACUCUAGUUAUAUUAAUAAACAGAUUAAAGUAUGUGUAUUUCCCUAGUAUAACCUUAAAAGGCCUUUUAACAUUACAGUUCUUAGAAACUUUAAUGUAUAUGUUUGUGUGUAUACCACCUGUGUGCAGGUGCCCAUGGAAGCACAAGAAGACAUCUGAUCCCCUAGACCUCUAUUCUCAGCACUCAAGACACCCAGACAGAAAGACUACCAUGAGUGAGGACAGUCUGGACUACCUAAAGUGUUCCCAGGCCAGCCAGAGCUGUAGAGCGAGGCUCUGUCUUAACAAUCAAUCAAACAUGUCUCUUUGUCUUGCACUCUUGGGAUUGAACCCAAGGCCUAGUAAGGUUUCAAAAGACAAAAUAAAUGCACUCCCACUAAAGAAUCAA